AUGGACGACCAUAUCGUGGGUGUCCUCGGUGGCGGUCAACUAGGGCGUAUGUUGGUGGAGGCAGCGAACCGACUCAAUAUUCAGGUUGGUGUCCUUGAUGCCGACAGCGCCCCGGCAAAAUAUCUUGCAAACUCUGAUAGGCAUGUUACUGGAUCCUUCGCAAAUGCGUCCGAUGUCAAGGCCCUCGCAUCCAGAUGUGACGUCCUGACCUAUGAGAUCGAGCACGUCGACACCCAGAUUCUUGAAGAGCUGGAAGCAGAGAAACCGUACGUCGAAGGGACCAAAUGGUCGAGGUUUCAACCCAGUUGGCAAACGGUCCGGACGAUUCAAGACAAAUUCACUCAGAAGCAGCAUUUUGCGAAAUAUGCAAUUCCCAUCUCUAAGUCCAUUGCCGUCAGCCCGUCACAGCAAGGGCUGAAAGACGCCGGCGACGCCCUUGAAUACCCUUUCAUGUUGAAAUCUCGAACCCAAGCCUACGAUGGGAGAGGUAACUUCCCCGUCAAAUCGGCGUCUGAUAUAGGGCCUGCCAUCUCAGCCCUUGCGGAACGGCCUUUAUAUGCGGAGAAGUGGGCUCAUUUCAAAAUGGAACUCGCAGUCAUGGUGGUGAAAAUAGCCCAGGAGGACGAUCCCGACGCGUGGGAGACCAACACCUUGGCGUACCCUACUGUCGAAACCGUUCAUGAAGACAGUAUCUGCAAGCUUGUUUAUGUUCCGCCUCGGGAUGUCUCGCAUGAAGUGGCACGCGCGGCCCAAGACCUAGCUCGACGUGCUGUUUCAACAUUUCGGGGAACAGGAGUCUUCGGUGUUGAAUUGUUCCUCCUUCCUGACGACAGCCUCGUUGUCAACGAAAUUGCGCCCCGGCCCCACAACUCAGGACAUUACACGAUCGAGGCAUGCCACAUGUCCCAGUUUGAAGCACAGAUCCGCUCUAUCCUACCUGAUUUGGCCUCAAAGAUACCCUCCGGUGCGACGGAUUUGACGGUCAAGGCAGCGAUAAUGUUGAAUAUCCUCGGAGGACCACAGCCUGAUUCGCAUAUGCUAGUCGCCAAAGCUGCACUUGACGUGCCAGGAGCGAAAAUUCACCUCUACGGAAAGGGUGAGGGUCGACCAGGACGGAAGAUGGGACACAUCACGAUCACCGGGUCAAGCCUAUCGGAAUGCGAGAUCAAAAUGCACCCUUUGGUUCAGAUGGUUGACGCAAUCCGCGUGCAUCGCAACGAUAGAUCUGCUCAGCCAUCUGCUGCCUCGAUUGUGAAGACUCAGGUGGAGCUGCUCGAUUCGAAUCCCGCUCCAGCUCCCCGGGCCGUGGUAGCAGUGGUAAUGGGAUCUGAUACCGACCUCGCUACACUUCGCCCAGGCCUGACGAUACUUGAGACUAUGGACAUCCCUUACGAAGUGCACAUCACCUCGGCACACCGCACGCCACAGUACAUGCUCGACUUUGGCAAGACUGCGGCUAGUCGUGGAUUCAAAGCCAUUAUUGCCGCCGCGGGUGGAGCAGCACACCUCCCUGGCAUGAUGGCCUCGGAAACCACUGUCCCCGUCAUUGGCGUGCCUGUGAAAGCGAGCUCUCUAGAUGGAUUGGACAGUUUGUUGAGUAUUGUGCAGAUGCCACGGGGUAUUCCUGUGGCGACAGUGGGGAUUGGAAACUCGGUCAAUGCGGCGAUCCUGGCAGCGAGGAUUGUGGGAUCAAGCGACGAGAGAGUACGGAAGUGGGUCGCUGACCACCUGCAGAAGAUGGACGAUGAGAACAUGGAGAAGGAGCAUCGAUUGCAGAGAGAAGGCUGGAAAGUCUACAAGAAAUUGGACGGGUAA